GAGGAGCAGAGAAGCAGAACCUCAAAGAGUGAGGAGAGCGGAGCCUCGGAGAGGGAGGAGGGGGGCACGGAGCGUCCGUAAGGCGGGGGCUCAGCGGCAGACAUGGCUUUAGCCUGACAGAGCUGCCCGGUCCUGGGGCAGGUGCUGGGCAUCCCAUAUUGAGGAAGAUGGCUCUUGGGAUUGUGUAUGUGAUGUCCGUUUGUCCCCGGGGGAUGGGAUGCCGCAGCGCUGGCACGCUUACAUCCCUGUGAUUUCUGAGGUGUCUCCUGGAGGUUCUGGUGGUAUCAGGAUGACGCGCUGGUUUUCGUGUUCUUCUAAACGCACACAAACAGUAGACUGGAGUAAGUAUGAUGAACGUCUUAUGAGGGCAGCAGAAAGAGGAGAUGUCGAGAAGAUUUCAUCCACUCUUGCCAAAAAGGGAGUGAAUCCCAGCAAGCUGGACCUGGAGGGCCGCUCAGCGUUCCACAUUGUGGCAUCAAAAGGUCACCUGGAGUGUUUGAAUGCAAUCCUAUUACAUGGGGUGGACCUCACGGCUCCAGAUGCUGCUGGUCGGAACGCACUGCAUCUGUCUGCCAAGUACGGUCACUCUUUGUGUCUCCAGAAGCUGCUGCAGUUUAAUUGCCCGACAGAGAAUGUAGAUCUCCAGGGCAGGACUGCUCUUCAUGAUGCAGCCAUGUCUGAUUGCUGUUCCAGUGUGCAACUUCUCUGUGACCAUGGAGCCUCUGUCAAUGCAAAGGAUGGGGAUGGGAGGACUCCCCUGUCUCUCGCCACACAGAUGUGCCGCCCAGCUAUAUGCCAACUUCUGAUUGACAAGGGAGCUGAUAUCAAUGCCAGAGACAAACAGAAUAAGACCCCGCUGAUGUUGGGCUGUGAGUAUGGCUGUAAGGAGUCUGUGGAGGUCUUGCUCAGAGGAGGAGCGGACAUAGGGUUGGUGGACUCUCUGGGACAUGACUGUGCUUAUUAUGGAAGAAUUGGGGACAACUUGGAAAUUCUGUCUCUGAUUAGGACUGCAAUGGAGAACUCUCCAAGAGGACACGAGGCUUUGAGGAGUGCUGUGUCUCUGCGCUCGAAACGAGUGAAGCAAAAUUCAAAGGAAGAAGCCCAUACAAAAUCAAAGGAGCAAAUGCAGGACCUGGAGGUAGAGAAUGAGGAUUUACGGGAGAGACUGCAGAAAAUACAGCAUGAGCAGCGGGUUCUGUUUGACAAAGUAGGGAGUUUACAGAUGCAGCUUAGCCAGGAACAGAUGAUGUCUGAUGACCUUGAAAAUGAGAAAGAGGAAAUGAAAUUACUACUGCAAGCAAAAGAAAAAGAGUUGGAAGAAAGCCUGAGGACAAUGGAAAAUCUAAGAGGAAAAGUGAGAUAUUACGAGCAGAUGACUCAUUCUGCCCCCGGCAGUCCGUUUAGUAAUAGUAAAGAAGAAGUUGUCAUGAAGCAAAUUCCUAUGCUUAGUGCAAAUCCGCAGCUUUCUGCGCACCUGCUGGCCAGGUCUCAGCUGCGGCCCUUAGAGCUCCCUGGGAACAAUGCAGAGCAACAUCAGGAGUUGGAGAACAUGCGCAGAUUCUGUGAAGCGGCAAGGGACGAAACGGUUAGGUUGCAGCACGAGCUGUCCAGGAAAUCAUCGGAAUGUCUCGCCCUGGCUUCUGAGAGAGAUCGUACUAAAGCCGAGUCUGAUCAGCAGAUUCGGCAGUUGGAGGAAGCUCUCCGUGAUGUGCAGAAGCGAAUGCUGGAUUCAGAAGCAAAAGUGAAGCAGAUGCAGUCUCACUUCCUGGCGCUGAAAGACCACCUGACACAAGAAGCUCUGAGUGGAAGUUCCCGUGCUGAAGACUUGAAUGAACAGCUGCGGGAGGUGAAGACCAAGUAUGAAGGAGCUUCUGCAGAGGUUGGGAAACUGCGAAACCAGCUCCGCCACAAUGAGCUUUUGGUACAGGAGCUGCGCAGAGAGGAUUCACGCUUGCGCAAGGAAAACAGAAGGCUGCAAGAUGAGCUUGCCGUGUGCGAAGAAGAUAAGGAGAGAGCAGAACGUAGGGCUCAAGAGGCAGGAGAGCAACUAGGUCUUUCUGUCACGGCUGAUAAAUUUGAGAAUAUGAAAUGCCUUCUAACCAACGAGGUAAACGAGAAGUCCAGGAGUCUAGAGGAGACGGAGCGUGAGCUCACGCAGCUACGACAGGAGCUCUUUAAUGCACAGAGUGAGAAGAAUCGUUCCGAAACCAAAUGGGAAACUCUUAAGAAAGAGUUGGAGGACCUGAAAAUAAAGACUAUCGGCAAGGUCCGUGAAGGGGAGAAGCUGCAGACUGAGAAAGUUUUACUGCAGAGGCAAGUUGAAGACCUCACGGGACAAAUUAGAAGCCAGCAUGUCCCAGCACAGCUUCACGCGGAGACCAAGAGAGCUUGUGAGGAAACUAUUGCUCAGCUCCACCAGAAAUUGUCAGAUUCUGAGCAAAGCCAGAGGAAGGCUGAGCUUGAACUGGAGCGGUUACAGGCGGAGAGGAAAACACUCAGAGAAGAUCUGAUGCUACUGCAGGCAUCCAGCACCUCUCAGGCGCAGCAUGAAAAAGAGAUGCAAGACAUGAAUUCAAGGAUUACCCAACUAGAGCAGCAGUUGGCUGAGGCAACCAGUAAAUUUGAGGUGGAGAAGACCAAGAACACCAGUCUGAUAGAGAGCCACCUACCAUUGAAAACGCACCACCAGGCACUCGCCAAACUGACCUCAGAGCUAGAAAAAACUAAAGCCGACUUGGCUACGUGCAGGGAGCAACUGGCCUGUUGUAGGAAAGAGCAAGAAGCUCUACACACACAGCUUGGAAAAGAGACUACUAAGAGGACAGAACUUCUAGCAAAGCUGGAUAAUGAGUCUGUGGUGCAGGCUGGGUUGAAAUCACAAUUGGAGGUUGCAAGCGAAAAGCAGGCAGAAUUGCACAAACAGCUGGAGCGCAAAGCUGCAGAGUGGACACAACUGCAGUCCCAAGUGGAGAAAGAGGCUGCCGAGCGGGCAGAUUUACAGUCUCGACUGGACAGUCUGAUAGCGCAAGUAGAUGUUGAAUAUGUGAAAAGGAAAGAACAUGAGGUGAGGGUAUCAGAAUUCCAGAAGCUGGUAGAACAGAAGCAACAAGAGUGUACCCAGAUAUAUGCAAAGUACCAAAAAGCAGAGAGCGAGGUGCAGAGACUGCAGGCAGCUAUCCAGGAGCAGAGAGAGGAGCUAGACACACUACAGCGCUGCAUCACCGAGAAGUAUGCUCCUCUCACCAGCAUGGAGGAGAAGGAGCAGAGCUUCCAGGCCACAAGACGGGAGCUGGAGAAUGAGUUACAAGAACAGUGUCGGAUAAGUCGGGAGACGCAGCUGAAGUUUGAAGAGCAGCAAAAUGAGAUCCAGAAGAUGCAAAAAGAGCUGCAAAGUGCAGAGUGUGUGCUAAGCAAAGAGCGGACCUCCUGGAACCAAGAGAGGGAUAUGAUGCAAAGCCAGCUGGAUGAAGUGCAUGCGCAUCUGCAGGAAGUUCAGAAAUCACUGUCUGAAGCCAAGGAGAAACAGAGGACGCUGCAAGAGGAGUGUCUAGAGACUGCCAGCAAACUGAAGGCUUUGCAGGAGUCAUUAAAUACACAGUACAUUCCCGUUGUUCAGCACCAGGAACUGAAGGUUAUGCUAAGUAACACCAGAGCAUCUCUAGAAGCUGAGCUGAAAACCCAGGUAAACCUGUAUGAAAAAGUUCAAGAGAGAGUUCACGCUCUGGAAAAGGAAUUGGAGGAGCUGAAAGGAACUUAUAUCUCUGGAAACCAGCACAUCCGGGAGAAGGACGCCUGGGAGAGGCAAAUGGCAGAGGCACAACAGAAACUCCAGGUAAAGGAGGAGGCAGUGCAGGUGAUUGAACUGGAAGUCAAGCAGCUCAGGGAGGAGAUACGACAAGCUCAUCACAGCCUACAGGAGCUACAGAGCUCCAAGGACCGGGAAGGCACAGAUCUGAAAGCAGCAAAGACAGAGCUGGAGCAAAGGGUUGUUCAGCUGGAGGAGUCCUGCAGAAAGUACAGAGAAGACACCAAGCAAAUGGCCAAGGAGCUGCAGAUGGCACAUGAGCAGAGCAAACAGCUGCAGAAGAAAAACAAUGACCUAGAACAGGAGCUCACUCAGCUAAAGGGAAUAUGCGAGAAGUCUACGAGUACCAUAGAAGAACUGCAAGGACGUAUUCAGCAGUCAGCCAGAAACGUGGAGGGCAAAGACAAAGAGAUCCGUGCCCUUCAUACUGAUGUGGAGAAGCUGAAGCUGACUUUGUCCCAAUUGAGUGAGAGGAGCCAGUCUGUGGACAACCUGCAGGCUCAGGUCACAUCCCUGCAGUGCCAGUUGGAUGAGACUCAGCACAGACAUCAAGAAGUAAUCUCCAUUUAUCGCUCGCAUCUGCUGAAUGCUGUUCAGGGUCACAUGGAUGCCGAGGUGCAAGAUGCUUUAUUACAGAUUAUCCACAUGCGGCAAGAGCUCGUCUGUUGAUUCUUAAAUACUUAGUGGCCUGAAAGCUACGUGAAAUGUUUAUUCCCAAACAGGACUUUUGACUUCUAAUGUAUAUACAGAAAUAACCACACAUAUCAAGCUACAAGCAAUGGGAAACCAUGACCUAUAAAGCACAUUGAAAACAAGCAGGACGGGGCGGGAAAAAGAAAGGAGUAUGGGAGAGAAUGGUUUAGGAAGUUAUAUAACGGGAAAGAAGAGGGAAAAGAUGGAGGUGCUAGUGGGAGGAAAAUGGAUGGUAUGUUAUAGGAGACUGGAAAAGGAAGGCAUUAUAUAUGGGGUAUGGGCGAUGCGGAGCAGCGAGUGACCAAGAUCUGGAGUGUGGGAGAUAAUGGUGAAAGGGAAGUGAGAGGGUGCGGUGGGAUGUGAGAGCUCUGACACGCGAUCAGAGUGAGAAUGAGCUGGGAUGUAGGGAGUUGGAGAUCUGGAAGAAGUAAGAGGAAACCUGUGAUGGGUGAUUUGACGCAGAACAGUAUCUGGAGGAGUUGGCGAGGUGGGAACUGAGAAUAAUAGACAGCUGCAUGUAUGGGCAGAAGGAAGGGGGGAUUGAUAUAAAUAUGGUGUGUGAGCGAGGAGGAAGAGGAGAUUGGAAGAGAAGGCAAAAGGUAAGUCUUUAGAAAUGUAGAGGAAGAUGUGGCAGGGAAAUGGGAGAUGAUUGG